AUGAAAAGUGAAUACAAUAAUAUAAAUAAUUUAUUGACAGACAAUGAUAAAAAACUAGUAAAAGAGGCAGUCAAAAUUUUACUUAAAAGCUUUGAAUUAGUCUUUCAAGUACAACAAAUGAUAAAAGUUUCGAAUGAACGGUCUCUGAUGACAGAUAUUAUUCAGAACAUGAUAGUUGAUUACUUGAAGUGUUUAAUAGUUGAUAUACGAAUGAAUGCCAUCCGCGCCCUUACUCCAUACCUAAUGGUCAAUAAUUUAAAUGCAGCUAAAUUUCACAUAAACACUAUUUUUUUUGAAAUAUCAAGUCCUAUGACCGAUAUGCAUUUGAUGCUUCAGAUAUUAUUUGAAUUAUUUUUGACUUAUGGUUUAAAAAGUUUUGAUAUCAGUGAUGACAUAGAUGCAGACUUAAUAUGUGAUGAUGACUUCACAGGUGAAAAUAUCUUACCAUUACUAGCAGACUCUGUUGAUUUUGAAAUUGAUGACAGUAGUUAUAAAACUGUAAUAGUUGAAAGUUUUUGCAAUUUAAUAGUUUUCCAAGAAUUUAAGUCAAUAUAUGUAAUAUCCAAAUUUCUAAUAAUUUGGUUCAAAGGUUUAACAAGUGAAACAUUUAAUGUCUACCAAACUCUUAUGAAAUUUUUUACUACUUAUAUGUUUCAUAUUCCUUCUAGCAGUAGUACAAUAGCCAAGUGUUAUGUUCCAGUACUCAAACAGAUAGCCAAACAUAAACUGAUAAACAAAUUAUCUAUUGAUUUAAAUGAAAUGAAUACCACAUUACUAAACCUGUGUCAAGGAACCAUAUUCAGAGAUGAAAAUAAGCAAUUAAUGCUCAUAGUGAAUUGGCUGGUUAUAUAUUAGAUUAUUUAUUGGAUGAAGAUCAACCAUAUACAAAACUACUAGUAAAUUCUCUGUGUAACCUAAAAAUUAAUUUUGAAUGUAAUAACGAACUUGUUAACAAAUUAAAUCAAGUAAUCAACCAUUUUAAGUGUAUCAAAGAUGGCAAAACCAAUAUUAAAAAAUUAAGACAAAAAUUCAGUUCAAUUUUGCUGAAAGAGAAAUCUGAAGAUCAUGGGAAUUUGUUUUCAAAAGAAAAUAUUAAGUAUAUAUCCCUGAUUUACAAUGAAGAUGAUGAUAAUGAUGAUGAUGAAGAUGAAGAAAAUGAACACCAAUAUAGAAAUCUGUCCUCAAUGAAAUGUAUGUCAGAAGAUAUUAAGAAAAGUUUCAAUAUGAAAAAUCAGGAACAAUCAUCUUCUUUAAAUGAAUGA